CAUAUAUAAAUGUAUGUGCUAAUACAAGUUCUUCACUGCUCCUCUUAUUUUCCCAUUCUAUAUUAAAACUCUGCAGUAAUCCUUCGGUGGGUGUGUAUAGAGAUUAUAGCGAGUGAUGAUUUCUAUCUUAGUUUUUUGUUUGUUCCUCUCCAGAUUUAGUGUAAUUCAUGGGUUAAGUAUGAAUUAUUAUGGAACGAGGGGCCCAAUGGUGGAAAUGAUGGUGAGGAAUACAGUCAAUAGAGCUUUAGAUUCUGAUCCAUCUCUGGCAGCUGGGCUUCUCAGAAUGCACUUCCAUGACUGCUUCGUAGAGGGUUGUGAUGCAUCAAUUCUGCUUAACUCAACAAAAGAUAACACGGCUGAAAAAGACUCCCCCGCAAAUUUGAGCCUGCGUGGCUAUGAAAUCAUUGACGCUGCCAAGGAUCUAAUUGAAGAUCACUGCCCAGGGAUUGUUUCAUGUGCUGAUAUUGUUGCUAUGGCGGCUAGAGAUGCAGUCCUCUGGGCUGGGGGUCUUUUCUAUGACAUACCAAAAGGAAGGAAAGAUGGACGAAGGUCAAUGAUUGAAGACACAAGAAACCUCCCUGCCCCUUUCUUGAAUAGCUCAGAGCUCAUUAGCAUUUUCUCCAAGAAUGGACUUAGUAUCAAGGACAUGGUUUCUUUAUCAGGUGCGCAUACACUGGGUGUAGCACGAUGUUCUUCAUUCAAGAAACGGUUACAAAAAUUCAACUCAUCUCAUGAAAUUGACCCUACUCUUGAUUCAAGUUUCGCAGAUACGUUGUCAAAAACUUGCAACACAGGUGACAAUGCAGAGGUACCUUUUGACGAAACAAGAAACUCUUUCGACAAUUCUUAUUUCAUCGGCCUAAGAAAGAAUAAUGGUGUUUUAAGCUCAGACCAAACCUUGUACACAAGUCCCAGAACAAGAGGUAUUGUAAAUGCUUAUGCUAAGAAUACUACUAGGUUUUUCUUCGAUUUCCAGCAAGCCAUGGUAAAGAUGGGCCUUAUCGAUGUUAAAGAAGGUUCGCAAGGAGAAGUGCGUCAAAAUUGUCAACGAAUUAACUGAUGCUUGUUUUACUAAGCCAGAGAAUGAAAUGCAAUUUAUAUAGUUACAUAAGCUUAAGUUUCGGAAAAAAUUUCUUUGUGUAAUUUUUUCUGGAUUAAAUUCGUUUGAGGUUGAAAAAUAAUACAAAACCACCUUUAAAGUAGUAGAAAUUGCCGAUGUCAUUGUAAUACAGUGGUUGAAGUUUGAAACUAAAAGAAAUUAAUCCUUUUAACGGCAUA